AUGGCAGAUGAAAUGGAGCAAGACAAGGAGACGAAGAACCUAGUGGAUCGUUGCGGCCAAAUGAAUGGGGAGUCCGACAAGGCAGCACCCUGCUUGGAAGAUAUGAUAGGGCGUGGACACGAGAACAUGACCAAGAUGGAAACAUUACUGCACGCGGUCGAAGUCGGAAGCAAGAAGCUGGUCGCCGAACCGCUUGGGGUUCCAUGGAGGACUGUUCAAACCCCUCGCUUUGAUGAGCAAAGAGAGAUGCCCUUUGGAACCUGUCGUCCCGUCGAGAAGCCAGAGCGGGUGAGGUCCCACAAGGAUGAGGAAUCUGCAUACCAGAAGAGCCAAGUCCCCAAACCCUUUGUUCUUCCUCACUGGCAAGGGCAGAGGCCGAGGUCUCUGAGAGUCGAGGUUCCUUUUGGCCCUCACAGCUGUCAUGAGGUCGGAGAGUCCUCAACAAAACUGGAGCAGCCCUUGGGAAUCCAAGCUUCUGGCAAGGUCAAGAAAGUCGGAGAAAGUUCGACAAGAGGGAAGAAGAGACCUAUGGCGGGGAGGCUCAAGCAGCCAAGGCCACUAAAAAAACCAAAGGAAGAAGGGCCUACACCCUUUGAUCCCGUGGAAAUGCCUCGAGAAUGGAAGGACUGGAUCGAGCGCGAGCAAAGAGGGACCAACAUUACCCCCGUCUGCCAGAAAGAGCUCACCAGCAGUGACGUGGCAAAAUAUUACAAGCGCCUGUUGCUAUCUGAGAAGAAUAUCUCAUCCCUCAAUUUCCUAAGGGAAGAGGAGAUGGAAAUAGUCAAGUUGCCGGCCACGAAAGGUGACAUUGAAAAGAGAGGUAUUCCAGUUCAGGUUAUAGGACCAUCACGCCAUAGGCACGAACUGAGCUUCAGGAGAUGGCACAUGAAAAAGAAAAAUGGGAAGGUAUCUAUCAUGUACGUGCUGACCACAGGGGUUUGGACCGAUUUUGUGGAGGAUAACAAUUUGAAAGAAGGCGAUGUAGUCCAGGUUUGGUCGUUCAGAGUCGGGGAGGAACUUUACAUGGCCAUAGUUGUUGUGAGAAGGUCAACACUGCCUGAGGAAGGAGGUAAUACUUAA